CUUAUUUCGCACCGGUUACUACUCUACUGCUGCUGCUUCUGCUACUGCACUACUACUACACUCAUACUCUCUUCUCUCUCCUGUUCUUGAUUUUCUCUCUCCUCCUCUACGCGAGGAGAGGAGCUAGCUAGCGCACACCAGCGGCAGCAGCAGGAGAAAGAUUGGCACGAACAGUCCAGAAAACUAGUAGUAGCAGAAGAGGAUACAGGGAGAGAGAUCAGAUAAGCGAGCGUUUCUGAUGAUGGAGAGGAGAUAGAGGGAUAAGCGCGAGCAAGAUUGGAAUCAGCGUGGUGGUGGUAGGGGAGGGGAUGGAUGAUAUGGCGUGACGGAAGGGGGGGUUUGGAUUGGAUGAGUUGAGGUGCCUGCAAAUUCCUUCCUGUUUUGGAUCGCUGUGAGUUGGGAAUUCCUGUAUAAAUACGGCCCCGAGAGGGGACGCAGAGAUCAAGAACAGUGCAAAGAUCAAUCGAUCCAUCCAUCUCUCCCCCUCCUCCUGCUGCUGCUGUUGUUGCGAGAGAGAGAGAGAGAGAGAGAGAGAGAGAGAGAGAGAGGAAGAGGCAGAGGUAGUAGCAGCGGCGGCGGCCAUGGAUUUCGGCGACGAACCCGAGGGCUCCGACAGCCAGCGCCGCCGCAAGCGCUACCACCGCCACACGCCUCGCCAGAUUCAGCAGCUCGAGGCGAUGUUCAAGGAGUGCCCCCACCCGGACGAGAACCAGCGGGCGCAGCUUAGCCGGGAGCUCGGGUUGGAGCCGAGGCAGAUCAAGUUCUGGUUCCAGAAUCGCCGGACCCAGAUGAAGGCGCAGCACGAGCGGGCGGACAACUGCUUCCUCCGCGCCGAGAACGACAAGAUCCGGUGCGAGAACAUCGCCAUCCGCGAGGCCCUCAAGAACGUCAUCUGCCCCACCUGCGGCGGCCCUCCCGUCGGCGAGGACUACUUCGACGAGCAGAAGCUUCGCAUGGAGAACGCCCGCCUCAAGGAAGAGCUGGACCGCGUGUCGAACCUGACGUCGAAGUAUCUCGGCCGGCCGUUCACGCAGCUGCCGCCGGCGACGCCGCCGAUGACGGUGUCGUCGCUGGACCUGUCCGUGGGCGGGAUGGGCGGGCCGUCGCUGGACCUGGACCUCCUCAGCGGUGGCUCGUCGGGGAUCCCGUUCCAGCUGCCGGCGCCCGUGUCCGACAUGGAGCGGCCCAUGAUGGCCGAGAUGGCCACGCGCGCCAUGGACGAGCUGAUCCGCCUCGCGCAGGCCGGCGACCACAUCUGGUCCAAGAGCCCCGGCGGCGGCGUGUCCGGCGGCGACGCCCGCGAGACCCUCAACGUCGACACCUACGACAGCAUCUUCUCCAAGCCCGGCGGCUCGUACCGCGCCCCCAGCAUCAACGUCGAGGGGUCCCGCGAGUCCGGCCUCGUGCUCAUGAGCGCCGUCGCCCUCGCCGACGUGUUCAUGGACACGAACAAGUGGAUGGAGUUCUUCCCAAGCAUCGUGUCCAAAGCUCACACCAUUGAUGUGCUCGUGAAUGGCAUGGGAGGGAGAAGCGAGUCCUUGAUUCUGAUGUACGAGGAGCUGCACAUCAUGACGCCGGCCGUCCCGACCCGGGAGGUGAACUUCGUCCGCUACUGCCGGCAGAUCGAGCAGGGGCUAUGGGCCAUCGCCGACGUCUCCGUCGACCUGCAGCGCGACGCCCACUUCGGCGCGCCGCCGCCGCGCUCCCGCCGGCUCCCUUCGGGGUGCCUCAUCGCUGACAUGGCCAAUGGCUACUCCAAGGUGACCUGGGUCGAACACAUGGAGGUGGAGGAGAAGAGCCCGAUCAACGUGCUGUACCGUGACCUCGUGCUGAGCGGCGCCGCGUUCGGGGCGCACCGCUGGCUCGCCGCGCUCCAGCGCGCGUGCGAGCGCUACGCCUCCCUCGUCGCGCUCGGCGUCCCGCACCACAUCGCCGGUGUGACGCCGGAGGGGAAGAGGAGCAUGAUGAAGCUGUCGCAGCGGAUGGUGAACAGCUUCUGCUCGAGCCUGGGGGCGUCGCAGAUGCACCAGUGGACGACGCUGUCGGGCUCCAACGAGGUGAGCGUCCGCGUCACCAUGCACCGGAGCACGGACCCCGGCCAGCCCAACGGCGUCGUCCUCAGCGCCGCCACCUCCAUCUGGCUCCCCGUCCCCUGCGACCACGUCUUCGCCUUCGUCCGCGACGAGAACACCCGCUCCCAGUGGGACGUCCUGUCGCACGGCAAUCAAGUCCAGGAAGUGUCGCGCAUCCCCAACGGCUCAAACCCGGGGAACUGCAUCUCGCUGCUAAGAGGCUUGAAUGCGAGCCAGAACAGCAUGCUGAUACUGCAGGAGAGCUGCACGGACGCGUCGGGGUCGCUGGUGGUGUACUCGCCGAUCGACAUCCCGGCGGCGAACGUCGUGAUGAGCGGUGAGGACCCGUCGAGCAUCCCGCUGCUGCCGUCGGGGUUCACCAUCCUCCCCGAUGGCCGCCCGGGCUCGGCGGCGGGGGCGUCGACCAGCAGCGCGGGGCCGCUCGCCGCCGCGCGCGGCGGGGGCGGCGGGGGCGCUGGCGGCGGGUCCGUCGUCACCGUCGCGUUCCAGAUCCUCGUCAGCAGCCUGCCGUCGUCGAAGCUCAACGCCGAGUCUGUCGCCACCGUCAACGGGCUGAUCACCACCACCGUCGAGCAGAUCAAGGCCGCGCUCAACUGCUCCGCCCAUGGCCACCACCCCUGAUCGCCGCCGCCGCCGCCACCGAGCUCGCCAUUGCAUUGCACCCGCUUCGCCAUCAUCGGAGGAGAGAGAGUUGGUUGGCGCGUUGAAUGCUCGCAUUCAUGGACUCCACCUGCUGCUGCUGCUGCUGCUGCAUCUGAAGCUGAUGCAACUCUCUCUCUAUCUAUCUCUCUCUUUCGCCCAUCCAUUAUCCAGCUAGCCAUGAUCCAUCCAUCAAACCAUGCAUCGUUAAAAAAAAAUAACUCUUGUUUAGGUUUUCGUUGCAUUUUUGCAUAUCUUUUUUUUUCUUUCUCCUCUCUCAUCAGAUUGCAGGAAUUUCAUUCGGGUUUUUUUUAUUUUUUUUUCAUUUUCGAUCGCUCUUAGGCAUUUAUGCAAGUCAGUCAAUCAAUCAGUUUUCAGGACAUCACCAAUCAACCAAUCAACAGAAGGCUUUCAGAACGAGGGAGUCAAGAACGCACCAUGCUUGUCACUUUUCCUCUUGUUGUAACCACCAAAUCACACACCACCACCAUCACAAACCACAAAUUUUCUUUUCCUCUUUCUUUUUCACCCAUUGGAUUUGUUCCGUUUUGAUCAUAUCAUCAUCCAUGCAUCAUCAUCCAUCCAUCCAUAUGCAUCCUUGUCACCUCGCGCGUUGUCGCUGGUGUUGUAGCAGCAGAGGAUGAAUGGUUCGGGUAUUGACUUCUGUCCAUUAAUGUAAAGCCUUCAAUGAACAUUCAUUUCGGUUAUAAAUGGAAAGAGAAAAAAACAAACAGAGAGUGCUGGUAAA